AUGCUGUGUUUAGAGCUCUCUCAAGAACCAAACUUCCCUCCACUUCCUGGGUUCCUCCCAGUGAAACCCUGCUUCUAUCAGGACUUUGAGGAGAUCCCAGAGCAGCACCGCAGUCUGUGCAAGAAGAUGUACCACCUGUGGAUCUUGAACACUGCAACACUUGCAGUGAAUCUCAUAGGCUGCUUUGCCUGGAUGUUCGGAGGAGGUGGAGUCACAAACUUCGGGCUGUCCAUCAUAUGGCUCAUCAUGUUCACACCUUGCUCCUAUGUGUGUUGGUUCAGGGCAAUCUACAAAGCAUUCAAGACUGACAGCUCUUUCAACUUUAUGCUGUUCUUUUUUGUGUUCAUGGCCCAAGUAGGAAUCAGCAUUAUUCAGAGCAUAGGCAUCCCUGGGUGGGGUGUUUGUGGUUGGCUGGCUACCAUCUCCUUCUUCAGCUAUAAUAUUUUAAUUGCACUGAUCAUGCUUGUCCCAACAAUCAUGUUCACUGCAGUUGCCUCGCUGUCCUUUAUUGCCCUGACCAAGAUUCACAACUUCUACCGAGGAAGUGGAGGGAGCAUGUCCAAAGCCCAGGAGGAGUGGGCCACUGGGGCGUGGAAGAACCCCCAUGUGCAGGCAGCAGCACAGCAGGCAGCCUUAGGGGCAGCAACAGGGGCCAUGCAGGACCAGUACUCCAGCCCGCAAUACGACCAGAACCAGAUGUAG